AGGAAGAUGGCGGCGGUAGCGGAGGUGUGAGUGGACCCGGGUUUCUGCAGCUGGAUUUUCUCUUCCCUUCUUCUUUCCUUUCCCUUUUCUGUUUGAGGUUGGCAUCGAAGGGGCUGAGUUCGGGUGGUGGCGCCGGGCGCAGCGCAGGGGUCACGACAACGGCGACGGCUGACGGCUGGAAGGGCAGGCUUCCUUCGCCGCUUGUCCUCCUUCCCCGGUCCGCUCGGUGUCAGGCGCGGCGGCGGCAGCGCAGCGGCCAGACUUCGUCCCUCCUCCAGCUCCCCCCCAAGCCGGAGCGGGCAUUCUUCCCUUCGCCAUCCCCCGGCCCUUCACCCCGGGUACUGGGCGCUUCCUCCGGCGCAGCUCAGGGAGCGGGGGCCGGUCUCCUGAUCGACUGUCGCGCCUCCAUGUCGGAUAACCAGAGCUGGAACUCGUCGGGCUCCGAGGAGGAUCCGGAGACGGAGUCCGGGCCGCCUGUGGAGCGCUGCGGAGUCCUCAGCAAGUGGACAAACUACAUUCAUGGGUGGCAAGAUCGUUGGGUAGUUUUAAAAAAUAAUACUCUGAGUUACUACAAAUCUGAAGAUGAGACAGAGUAUGGCUGCAGAGGAUCCAUCUGUCUUAGCAAGGCUGUCAUCACACCCCAUGAUUUUGAUGAAUGUCGAUUUGAUAUUAGUGUAAAUGAUAGCGUUUGGUAUCUUCGUGCUCAGGAUCCGGAUCACAGACAACAGUGGAUAGAUGCCAUUGAACAGCACAAGACUGAAUCUGGGUAUGGGUCUGAAUCCAGCUUACGUCGGCAUGGCUCUAUGGUGUCACUAGUGUCUGGAGCAAGUGGCUAUUCUGCAACAUCCACCUCUUCAUUCAAGAAAGGCCACAGUUUACGUGAAAAAUUGGCUGAAAUGGAAACCUUUAGAGAUAUCCUAUGUAGACAAGUUGAUACUUUACAGAAGUACUUUGAUGCCUGUGCUGAUGCUGUCUCCAAGGAUGAACUUCAAAGGGAUAAAGUGGUAGAAGAUGAUGAAGACGACUUUCCUACAACACGUUCUGAUGGAGACUUCUUGCAUAACGCUAAUGGCAAUAAGGAAAAGUUAUUUCCACAUGUAACACCACGAGGAAUUAAUGGCAUAGACUUUAAAGGGGAGGCGAUAACUUUUAAAGCAACUACUGCGGGAAUCCUUGCUACACUUUCUCAUUGUAUUGAACUAAUGGUAAAACGUGAGGACAGCUGGCAAAAGAGACUAGAUAAGGAAACUGAGAAAAGAAGAAGAAUAGAGGAAGCAUACAAAAAUGCCAUGACAGAACUGAAGAAAAAAUCCCACUUUGGAGGGCCAGAUUAUGAGGAAGGUCCAAACAGUCUGAUUAAUGAAGAAGAGUUCUUUGAUGCUGUCGAAGCCGCUCUUGACAGACAAGAUAAAAUAGAGGAACAGUCACAGAGUGAAAAGGUCAGAUUACACUGGCCUACAUCCAUGCCAUCUGGAGAUGCCUUUUCUUCUGUGGGGACUCAUAGGUUUGUCCAAAAGCCCUAUAGUCGCUCUUCCUCCAUGUCUUCCAUUGAUCUAGUCAGUGCCUCUGACGAUGUUCACAGAUUCAGCUCCCAGGUUGAAGAGAUGGUGCAAAACCACAUGACUUACUCAUUACAGGAUGUAGGUGGAGAUGCUAAUUGGCAGUUGGUUGUAGAAGAAGGAGAAAUGAAGGUAUAUCGAAGGGAAGUAGAAGAAAAUGGGAUUGUUCUGGAUCCUUUGAAAGCUACCCAUGCAGUGAAAGGUGUUACAGGACAUGAGGUCUGCAAUUACUUCUGGAAUGUUGAUGUUCGCAAUGAUUGGGAAACAACUAUAGAAAACUUCCAUGUGGUGGAGACAUUAGCUGAUAAUGCAAUCAUCAUUUAUCAAACGCAUAAGAGAGUUUGGCCUGCUUCUCAGCGAGAUGUAUUAUAUCUUUCUGCCAUUCGAAAGAUACCAGCCUUGACUGAAAAUGACCCUGAAACCUGGAUUGUGUGUAAUUUUUCUGUGGACCACGACAGUGCUCCUCUAAACAAUCGAUGUGUCCGUGCCAAAAUAAAUAUUGCUAUGAUUUGUCAAACGUUGGUAAGCCCACCAGAGGGAAACCAGGAGAUCAGCAGGGACAACAUUCUAUGCAAGAUUACAUAUGUAGCUAAUGUGAACCCUGGAGGAUGGGCACCAGCCUCAGUGUUAAGGGCAGUGGCAAAACGAGAGUAUCCAAAGUUUCUAAAACGUUUUACUUCUUACGUCCAAGAAAAAACUGCAGGAAAACCCAUUUUGUUCUAGUAUUAACAGUGACUGAAGCAAGGCUGUGUGACAUUCCAUGUUGGAGGAAAAAAUAAAUUGAAUGCUCUAAGCUGGAA